AUGAGUAUAGAAACACCUGAGGAACAAAAGAUGAAGGAUGUUUCUUCCAGUAUAGUCAGCGAAUUUGUAGAUCUGCAAAAAAAUAACCCUACUCAAAGAAAUGUAUUGUUGGCAAUUCCAAUAGAAGAAGACUUUACAACA